AUGUGCAUGAAGGUCCCCGGCCCCGCCUCCUUUCCCGUCAUCGGCAGCACGUGGUACCUGCUGCGCCACGGCGGGCCGUCGCGCAUGGUCCAAGUGCUCCAAAGGCUGUACGCAGACCACGGCAGCAUUGUCCGACUGAGCGCUCCCGCACAGGAGGCCGUCAUCAUCUUUGACCCCGAAGUGUACAUGGACGUCCACCGUGCGGGUGGCUCGUGUCCUUGGGGUGCAACCGAUGCUCUCUGGCCCCUCCACGAGUACUUUCGUCUCCGCGUCGCGCCGCUGCCGAGCGGGCAGCCGAUGGCGUUUGGCUCUGGCGAUUGGAUGCGGGUGCGGCGAGGCAUGCAGAAGAGCUUCUUUGCUCCACGCGACGCCGCCGAGUACACCACCGCACUGAAUGCCGUCGCGCGAGACGCAGCUCGGAAGCUCGGCGGCGGCGGCGGAAGUGCCGGCGGCGGGCUGCAGCACUUUUUGCAGCGGCUGAGCUUUGAGAUGAUCUGCUCGGCGCUGCUUGGGCGGCGGAUGGGCGCGCUGGAGGGCGACGAGCCUCUGCUGGCCGCAACGGUGCGGUCCAUGGAGUGCGCGAGCAGCAUGCUGAUGAGCCCGCUGCAGCACUGGCACGCCCGCUUGAACACGCCGACGUGGCGCGGUUGGGUGGCGAGUCUCGACUUUAUGCUGCUGCGGUCGCACGAGCACGUCUCCGCCUGCAUCUCUCACCCGACGCCCUCGUACGUAGACGCCCUGCUGCGGCGCGGGGAGCUGACUGCCGCGGAGAUCUCUGCCAACGUGCCUGGGCUGAUGAUGGCGGGCUUCGAGACUGUCGCUGCCACGCUGCACUGGACCCUGCUGCACCUGGCCCUGCAGCCAGCGGCGCAAGAGAGACUGCACGCGGAGCUCAGCAGCGUGCUGGGGCGAGACGCCGACCCGUGUCGGGAAAGCGUGCAGCGGAUGCCCUACCUGCGCGCGGUCCUGCGUGAGGCAACCAUUUCCUUCCCAACGUCUGUCCUCUUGACGCUGCCGGACCCGCUGGAGGUGCAGCUCCCUUCGGGGGGCGCGGCGCGGCUGCCCUCGGGAGCGUGGCUCGCCUUCUCCCCCGUCGGACUCGCGACAGACCCGGCGCACGUCGAGGCCCCCACCGAGUUCCGGCCCGAGAGGUGGGUCGACGCCGCCGCCGUCCAAAGGGAGCGCGCCUGGCCGCUCUUCGACCACCCACUCAUGCGCGAUGGCUUCAGCCACGGCCCGCGGAUGUGCCUCGGCGCGCGUAUCGCCCAGCUCGAGCUGUGGCUGGCGGUGUCGCAAAUCGUCAGGGCGCACCGGCUGAGAGUCGACGGCCCGCGGCACUACGCCGUCGCAAAUCAUGCGUCAACCUACCCCGAUCCAGCACCGAGGAUCGUGUUUGAGCCACGUUGGACUUCGCCGCGGCUCGCCAAGAAGCGCUUGAGCACCUCGCUUUGCUUUGAGCAGUCGCUUGUGCACCUCUGGACACCUGCGAUGGAUUUACGUGUGCUGGCGCUCGUGGCCAGCAUCUCGCAUGGCAUCACAGCCUACUGUACCUGCCCUGCUAGCGCGCAGUACUGCCAGCGCGAGUACCUGGGCUCUGACACGUACUGCUACACGGGAUCGCUGCGGGAUUGGGGCGAUUACUGCAACGGAGGCGAAUGCACGCACGAUUACGGCACUGAGAUGUGCGUCGACAAACCGGCUCACUUCGACAAGGCCGCCGCGGGUACCACCAGCGUCUCUGGAGAGCGCUGCAUGCUCAACCACGGCACCAGCCUCUGCGAGUGCGGCGGCGCACAAGACUCCGCAAUCUGCGAACGGUGCGAAGGCUCCGCCUGCCAGUGCCAAGCGCCAGACUCGCCAGAUUGCGGUGCCUGGGUCAACGCAUGGUACGGAGGUCUUUGCAAUGGAAAAGAGGAGCGAAAUUGCAAGGGACUCACUGCGUCUGCAGCCGCCCUGUCCUCUACUGCCUACUCGGAAGAAGACAACCAUAUUUGGGGCGAGCCUCGCUUGGGCUUCCCGGGACUCGGAGACUGGAUCCAUGUUGGCGAUGUCGAAACCGAGGUGCGUGUCAGAAUCUACGUCAACGAGCCGCUUGGAAUCCUUGGCAUCGGGUUUCGAGGCACAGAGUCUUGGGACGAAUGGUGGGUCAAUGCGGACACGCUCUUGGACGACUGCAACAUCUUCCUAAGCUCGGACUGCGGACGAAUCCACGGUGGAUUCCAGGGCGCGUUCCUGGACGACGCAUUCAAGCAGGAGAUGAAUACAAAGAUCGACUUUGCAGUUACAACAUUUGCGAUUCAAAAGAUCCUUGUCACUGGCCACAGCCUUGGCGGCGCUCUGGCGACGGUCGGCGCCUACUACUUGGCCAAGCAGAACCCUGGUUGGGGAUCCGCGAUGCAGGUCGUCACGUUUGGAUCCCCGCGCGUGGGAGAUGCAGCUUUCGUCGAUGCCUACCGGCUUGUCGUACCGUAUACGAUCGCAUACGCCGGCAGUUGCUCCUCCAGCGCAUCUUCCACUGGCCUUGCCUACGCUGCCGGAGCUAGCGGCUAUAAGCACGUAUAUGAGACGUGGGAGACGGCGGAUGACCAUAACGGGGACUACACUUUUGCUGCGGGUUGCCACUUAAUGGACCCCGUCUACAUCCCGCACGUGAUGAAGAAGAUGCAGGAAGAGAUCGCCAUUUCGCCUUGUGCUUCCGGCAUUGCCGAGUGCGGCGCCAGCGGCUGCUCGUGCAUCGACGUUGCCAGCGAUUUCCUCGGUUUCGGCAACAUCUCGGCCUACUGCUUUGACGAGUACUAUGGUGAAGCGAUACGCACGUACUGUCCCAGUACGUGCCUCGUUUGCUUGCCGGCCACCAAGAGGAACAUCCUCUCAAAGCUGGCCCAGCUGGCCGGCUUUGCAUCCGCACCUCUCGGUUCGACCCUCGAAGUCACCGCCGGAAGCGUCAUUAUCGUCGCCAAGUUUCCGGUGGUCACGCAGUCGGAAGCCAGCGCGGCGCAAAGCAGCCUCACUCAAUCCUCCGUGGCCGCUGGCCAGGAUUCCUUCGAAGCGCAGAUUGGACCUAUUCUUGCUACAGUGGGUGCCUCCGUCAACGAUGCCGUCGUGGUCGAGGUCGAAGAAGACCCGAAGCCAACUAGCAGCGGCUCCCCUGUGGUCGCCAUUGCCGUAGCAGCGGCUGGGGUGGCCGUCGUGGCUGCCCUCGGCGGUGGCUUCUACUACAAGAAGAAGCGACGCGCUCACGCGCCAUCGAACUCGGCGAUGACCAAGAUUGAGCAUGGUAGCAAACCUGAACCGGUGAAUGACGCGGACGCCGAAGCGCCGUAG